AUGAACAGUCUCUAUCACUUCACAAAGGAAGAAUGUCGCACGGCACAUCCAGAGACUAUUCUCUGUCGCAUGUUGUCGACAACGGCAACACUUCCCGCGACUCCGUACAUAGAAUCACAUGGCCUUGGUCUCCAGAUAGGGAAGGGACAGUGUGGCACAAUACAUACAUUUGAAGAAUAUCUGGUCAGAAAGACACCCAACUCGGCUAACAAAAUCAACGAGCUCCGACGCGAUGCACAACUACACGCCAUUGUCAAGACUGCCUUUAGCAACGCUCCAAAUGGCUUGGCUCGCAAUGUCAGCUUCGGUGACUGGAUACGACUACCCGGCUCGCACGAUAUCGAUCAUCUCUCCCUCCACAACUACGACUUGAUGUCUGAGCGCAUCUUUCCGCUCCACGAUCCUAUUCCUGAAUGCAUACUAGCCUCGCUGAUCCCUAAAUCGACGCACCUCAAGAGAUCCACUUGCUUGAGCAAACCGGAAAACAACAACUGUCUCGUUCGUAUCUAUCUCGGUCGCAGAGGCGUGGACAGGAGUAAGACUACUACUGAAAACGUCAGUCUACGGAAUUUCCCUCUGCACGUGGAUGAAAUGGAGAGACUCAAUCUGCCUAUUUCCAUGUACACUACAGCGAUUGCUGAGGCCUUGGCUCUGAUGCACUGGAAAGCCGGCAUCGAUGCCAACGAUGUCGAGUUCGUGCUCGGUAGCUCGCGACGAACCGGGCCCAUGUUCCCUGUCCACGGCGUCGAAACAGGUCUGUCGGUGUCUAUCUGGCUGCUGGAUUUCAACCAAUGCCAGAAGUUUGAACACGACCAGGCUGGAUUGAAGCGACUUGUCAAUGGAUUUUGGUGGAACGAUCCAUAUUACCCUCGUCCUGACUCUGGUCACAAAACGGACAAGGCUUUGUGGACGACCUUCCUGAGCAAGUACUUGGAUGCCAGUGCUUUACUGACCGACAGCGAUCUGCCGAAGAGGUUUAUUGAAGCUGUGGAGGAAGAAGGAUACCGUCGUAGGGUAAAGCCCUCUCUAUUUGGCUAGGUCUGUAGAUUCUGCAGCUCUCUAUUCACGGAAUCCAGCUAUAGAGAUGCAC